AUGAAAAACAAAAAACUGACAUUUCACUUUUUGAAUGAUGUUAUCAUUGAUGUCAGAUAUAUUGGUCUUGAUAACACUCCAUUGGUUUAUUUCGAUUGUGACAAAAGUCUAUUAACCAAAACAUUUGGUUCUGUCAAUGAUUUUCAAGGCCAAAGUUUGAUUGAAAUCAUUAAAUGUGAAAAUUACGAAAAUACUGCGUUGAAUUCAGACAAAAUUCCAUAUAAUAUCUACUCAACGCCAAAGAUUCAUCUCAUGGAAAUAGGUCAAUCAAAUACAGGUAUCUCUAUUAACGCUAAUUUGUUGGCUCAUUCUUACCAAUUAAUUACAUUUUUGAAAUCACAUUUAAUUUUGAGAGAAACCGUUUUGUCAGAAGAUGUUGAUUCGAGUUUUUCAUCUCCUUCCAUCAAUGAGAAACUGAUAUUAGAGAAUCCCACAUUUAACUGCAGUUUCAGGUUCAAAUGCGUUAAAAUCAUUGGAGAUUGUUACUUGAUAAAUAACGCAAGUCUUACUUUGUAUUCGUAUGACUUUAUUAAUUCGACUUUGUAUGUAAAUUCUACUCAAAACUGUUCUUUCUAUUAUGGGACAGAGAUGGCAGAUGAAAACAAGCCGAAUGAGAUUUAUUUGAUGAAUGAAGGAGGAGGGUUUUAUUUCGGUGCAAUUGAAGGAGUCCAAAACUUUGGAGAAAUUAAAAUAGAGAGUGGAAAGAAAGGAUAUAAAAUAGAAAAGAAUUUAACUUCUUCUGGUGCUUAUUACUAUUAUUUGGUUAAAAUCAAUCAUAAUGAUCUUUAUCUUUUGUUUGGAAUCAUUUCUUCUGUUUUGGUUUUAAGUGCAAUUGUUGUUGUAAUUUCUUUGUAUACUUACAAGAAGAAGUUGACUUUGAAGAGAAUGGAAGCUCAGAAUACUGUUUUGUUUGGAGAUGUACUGAAUGCAGCUAUUUAG